GCGUUCUCCCGCGUGCCUACGUCACGGCGCCGGGGCGGAAGAUGGAAGAACUGCAGGCUGGCGGCUGUUAAGCAGACCAGGACCGAGCGGGAGCCUGAGUCGGCCGCUCCGGUUGUGCGGCUGCCGCCAUGUCGCUGCUGCAGUCGGCGCUCGACUUCCUGGCAGGCCCAGGCUCCCUGGGCAGUGCUGCCGCUCGCGACCAGAGUGACUUCGUGGGGCAGACGGUGGAACUGGGCGAGCUGCGGCUGCGGGUGCGGCGAGUCCUGGCCGAGGGAGGGUUUGCAUUUGUAUAUGAAGCUCAAGAUCUGGGAAGUGGCAGAGAAUAUGCGUUAAAGAGGCUGUUGUCCAACGAAGAGGAAAAGAACAGAGCCAUCAUUCAGGAAGUUUGUUUCAUGAAAAAACUUUCUGGCCACCCCAACAUUGUCCAGUUUUGUUCGGCAGCAUCAAUAGGAAAAGAAGAGUCGGACACAGGGCAGGCUGAGUUCCUCCUACUCACAGAGCUCUGCAAAGGGCAGCUGGUGGAAUUUUUAAAGAAAAGUGAAUCUAAAGGUCCUCUGUCGUGUGAUGCGGUUCUGAAGAUCUUUUACCAGACGUGCAGAGCAGUGCAGCACAUGCACAGGCAAAAGCCGCCCAUCAUUCACAGAGACCUCAAGGUUGAAAACUUGCUGCUUAGUAACCAGGGGACCAUUAAGCUAUGUGACUUUGGCAGUGCCACAACCAUCUCACAUUUCCCGGACUACAGCUGGAGCGCGCAGAGACGAGCCAUGGUGGAGGAAGAGAUCACAAGGAAUACAACACCCAUGUACAGGACACCAGAGAUCAUUGACUUGUACUCCAACUUCCCAAUUGGCGAGAAGCAGGACAUCUGGGCCCUGGGCUGCAUCCUGUACCUGCUGUGCUUCCAGCAACACCCUUUUGAGGAUGGAGCGAAACUCCGAAUUGUCAACGGGAAGUAUGUGAUUCCUCUGACUGACACCCGGUACACCGUCUUCCAUGACCUCAUCCGUGCCAUGCUGAAGGUCAACCCGGAGGAGCGGCUGUCCAUCACUGAGGUGGUGCGCCAGCUGCAGGAGAUCGCAGCUGCCAGGAACGUGAACCCUAAGUCCCCCAUCACAGAGCUCCUUGAGCAGAACGGAGGCCAUGGAAAUGCUGUUCCAUCCCGAGGGCCCCUUCCUGGAGGCCCUGCCAGCAGUGGCUACAGUCCAGGCCUGGCUCUGGUAGAAUAUGACCAGUCCUACAGCGGCUUCCUGGACAUCUUGCGGGGUGGUACCGAGCGGCUAUUCACCAACAUCAAGGACACGUCCUCCAAGGUCAUACAGUCAGUUGCUAAUUAUGCCAAAGGCGACCUGGACAUAUCCUACAUCACAUCCAGGAUCGCUGUGAUGUCGUUCCCAGCAGAGGGCGUGGAGUCGGCGAUCAAAAACAAUAUAGAAGAUGUUCGGGUAUUUCUGGACUCCAGGCACCCGGGGCGCUAUGCUGUCUAUAACUUGUCGGCACGGAGCUACCGGCCCUCUAAGUUUCACAGCCGAGUGUCUGAGUGCGGCUGGGUGGCCCGGCGGGCACCCAGCCUGCACAGCCUGUAUGACGUCUGCAGGAACAUGCAUGCCUGGCUCCGGCAGGACCACAGGAAUGUCUGUGUCGUGCACUGCGUGGACGGGAGAGCCGCCUCGGCUGUGGCUGUCUGCUCCUUCCUGUGCUUCUGCCGGCUCUUUAGCACUGCGGAAGCCGCUGUGUAUAUGUUCAGUAUGAAGCGCUGCCCACCAGGCAUUUGGCCAUCCCACAAAAGGUACAUUGAGUACAUCUGCGACAUGGUGGCAGAGGAGCCCGUCACGCCCCACAGCAAGCCCGUGCUGCUGAAGGCUGUCUCCAUGACCCCUGUGCCCCUGUUCAGCAAGCAGAGGACCGGCUGCAGACCCUUCUGUGAAGUCUAUGCAGGUGGUGAGCGCGUGGCCAGCACAUCCCAGGAAUACGACAAGAUGAGGGGCCAAGUGGCCUGCAGGCUGUGUGUGGUCUCCCUAACAGCUGUCUGCUGGCAACAACACAGGUAUGACCUAGAUGCGUGUGACAUCCAAGAGAAGUACCCAGAUCUGUUCCAAGUGAACCUGGAGGUGGAGGUGGAGCCCAGGGACAGGCCAAGCUGCGAGGCCCUGCCAUGGGAGAACGCAAGCAUGAAGGGGCUGAACCCCAAAAUCCUGUUUUCCAGCCGAGAGGAGCAGCAAGACAUUCUGUCUAAGUUUGGGAAGCCAGAGCUCCCCCGGCAGCCUGGCUCCACAGCGCAGUAUGAUGCUGAGGAGGGGUCCCCGGAAGCUGAGCCCCCUGAGUUGGACUCACCGCCAAGCAGCAGCACAGACACCAGCCACUUCCUGCACACGCUGGACUGGCAGGAGGAAAAAGAAUCCGAGAUGGGUGCAGGAAACACCUCUCCCAAAGAGAACCAGUCUGCCCUGGUGGAGGACAGAAGCGGGAGUGGGGUGUCAGAGGAGGAGGAUGUGCCGAGCACUGGCGAGAGCAGGAUGUCCAGGGCUGAGGGCGAUGGACCAGGCUCACAGGACCUGAUCUUUGAUGCGGGAGCCACAGCCCUGUCCCCGGAGCCCAUGCCACAGGAGGACAGCGUGGACCUCCUGGGGCUGCACUCUGAGGCGGACCCCAGGCCAGCUUCUCCCACACAGACCUGCGGGGUCUCCUCCAGCAACACCGACCUCCUCAGCUGCCUCCUUGGACCCCCUGAGGCUGCUCCAGAAGGGCCGCCAGAUGACCUGCUUGGCAGCAAGGCCCCACUGCUCUUGGCCAGCCCGGCUCCUCCCCUGAGUGUUUCCAGCACCCCCCGAGGAGAACCCCCUGCCCCUGCUGACCCAUUUGACCCCUUGCUGCUGCCGUCGGACUCCGACACUCAGCCCUGCUCUAAGCCUGACCUCUUCGGCGAGUUUCUCAAUUCUGACUCCGUGGUCGCCCCGCCUGCCUUCCCUGCCACCCACAGCGCCCCGCCCCCGUCCUGCAGCACUGACUUCCUGCACCUGGGGGAUCUGCCAGUGGAGCCUGUUAAGAUGACAGCCUCGUCCAGCCAGCCGGACCUACUGGGAGGGUGGGGCACCUGGGCUGAAGCCACUGUGCCCGGGCCAGCCCCUACACCAGCCACUGAAGGCCCUGUCUUCUCUUCUGGAGGCCAGCCGGCCCCUUCUGGCCUUCCAGCCAACUGGACCAAGUCUCAGAGCCUGGACCCAUUUGCUGACCUUGGCGACCUCAGCUCCGGCCUCCAAGGCCUGCCCACUGGAUCCCGUCCUGUUAACGGAGGCUUUCUUCCCACGACAACUCCUAUUCCCAAGGGUGGUAGCUCCUGGCAGACGAAUCGGCCACUGACCCAGGGCAUGUCAUGGGCCCCCCAAACCAAGCUGCCCCCCAAAGCGUGUGCUCAACCAAGGCCUAACUAUGCCGCAAGCUUCAGUGUGAUCGGGGCACGAGAAGAGAGGGGGGUCCGCGCACCUGGCUUUGCUCCAAAGCCAAAAGUCUCAGAGAACGAUUUUGAGGAUUUACUGUCCAAUCAAGGCUUCUCCACCAGGCCUGACAAGAAGGGGCCGAAGACCAUUGCAGAGAUGAGGAGGCAGGACCUCGUCAGAGACACUGAUCCGCUGAAGCUGAAGAUCCUGGAGUGGAUCGAAGGCAAGGAAAGAAAUGUCCGUGCCCUGCUAUCCACACUGCACACAGUGCUGUGGGACGGGGAGAGCCGCUGGACGCCUGUGGGCAUGGCAGACCUAGUGACACCAGCGCAGGUGAAGAAGCAUUACCGCCGUGCGGUUCUGGUCGUGCACCCUGACAAGGCCGCAGGGCAGCCGUAUGAACAGUAUGCCAAGAUGAUCUUCAUGGAGCUCAGCGACGCCUGGUCUGAGUUUGAGAGCCAGGGCUCCCGGCCCCUGUUCUGAGGUCCCAGGCUCUGGCUGCACCGAGAAGUCUGUCACUGGGCAUCAGACCCUCACUUUGGGGACCCUGUGGCCCAAGGCACACGUGGGCACGUGAGAGGCCCUGAGCCCCCAGGUUACCACCAUUCCUGCGCCCCUCCUGCUGUUCUGCUGUCCCGCCGUCCGGGACAAAUGUCAUUCCAUGGCACAAGAAGAGAAAGCAUUCCAAAGCCUCUGAUUUUUGUUGUUUUCUUUUUCUUUCUCUUGACCCAAAGGAAAAGUGAUUCUGCUUCUCCCACAGUCAUCACCAUUUGUGAUUUAUUUUGGUGUUCAGCGGCCAUCCCCUCUCAAGAGUGCCCCUCAGCCCCAUAUGAAUCUGAAUCAGCCUGGUGAUUGUCUGUACAUAAUUAAAACCAUUUUCUGAUGA